CUCUCACCUCCCUCGUCGACUCUGUCUCUCACCUCCCUCGUCAGAGUGAAGAUCAUCGCCGCCUACUUGUUGGCCGUUUUGGGAGGAAACGCUUCUCCUUCCGCCGCUGAUUUGAAGAAGAUUCUCGGUUCAGAUUGAGCUGCUUCGUUUCGGUUCUUUGAUCAAGUAAAGAGCGUAUUGGACUGGCCUCUUGUAAUUUUUGCUAGUCUUUGUUUUAGUUCCAUGCUUUGAAUUGAAGUAAAUUUACUAGCCAACUACAAAGAAAAAAUAAUGUCUUUUGUAAUCCCUUCAUCAUCAUCCAUGAUUCCUCCUACUUGUUUCAACCAAUAUAAGGUUUUUCAGCCAAAGGCCAAUCAAAAUGCUUCUUUAUCUCCUUGCUCUACAUUUUCUUACGGGAAGCAUUCAUUUUGUAUGACUGAAAAUGUACAUACAAUUUUAAGAGAGAAACCACUUAGUGCUUUAAGAUCUACCACCAUAGAUUGCAUGAAACCUAAUUAUCAGUCCAAUGGAGAUGAUAUCAUAUCUUUCAACUUUGGAGACGAAGAAAAAGAAGACAUUGAAGACACGGGCUCACCAUGGGAAGGAGCAGUUAUUUACAAGAGAAACUCUUCAAUAACACAUGUUGAAUACUGCACCACCCUUGAGAGGCUUGGGUUAGGGAAACUUUCAACCGAGGUAUCAAAAUCCAGGGCUUCUGUAAUGGGGUUACGGGUGACAAAAGCUGUAAAGGAUUUUCUUCUUGGAACACCCGUUCACGUCUCUAUUGAUAUAACAAGGAAGAAGCAAAAGUUGAGGCUUGACGGGAUCAUAAAAACUGUCUUCACUCUCAGAUGCAGUAGGUGUGGUGAGCCAGCUGCAGAAAGCAUCUUCUCCAAUUUCUCCUUGCUAUUAACUGAGGAGCCUGUUGAAGAACCUGAGAUCAUUAACAUGGGUAUGAUCUAUGGAGAAAACAAGGCCAAUUUUAUUACCGGAAGUGGUGAGGAUUGUGAGGAAGAAGAUGAUGAUGCUUCCAUUGAUUUUGAGGAUCGACUCUAUUUCCCCCCUAAAGAAAAGGAAAUAGAUAUAUCAAAGCAUAUCAGAGACCUGCUGCACCUGGAGAUUAUCAUCAGCUCAAUUUGUGAUCCAAAUUGCAAAGGCAUGUGUUUUAAUUGUGGUGUGAAUUUGAACACUAGUACAUGUAUUUGUAGCAAAGAAGAGAUGAAGACGAAUUCUUUUGGAGCUCUUGGAAAUUUGAUGCAGCAAAUGCAACCAAAUAAAUGAAUUUUAAUAUUUACAUAAUAAAAUUUAAUGCUAA